AUGUCACAGAAACCCAGGGCACCAGCUUCUUUCCAGUCACUCAAAUCAUUGCCUGCUGAUUUUAGGUUCUCAGGUUUACCAGCUUCUGAUCGAUUUGGAAAAUCCGAUGAUGGGAAUUUGGGAAACAGUAAUGUCAUCUCCUCGAGUAUUCCAGAAAAUGGUGGUUUAGGGGAUAUUGAUGUUGCUGAGGAGGGGGUUGAAGGUAGUCCUGGGGCUCUUGGCGACAUGGACCAGGUAAAUGAUGAUUCACCAUAUAGCGGGAACACAAUCUCCAUUGAAGAUGGACAGUCACGGGGUGAUGAAGACUUGGAUUCUGUGGCUCCAUCUUUGCCUUCAAUAUCUUCAUCUCGUAGGGAACGUAGGUGGGGUGACACCACCCCUUAUGCCGUGAAGAAGAAGCUACAAUCUUGGUUCCAACUUCCAAAUGGAAAUUGGGAACUGGGUCGAAUAUUGUCGACCUCUGGCACUGAAUCUGUUAUAUCACUCUCCAAUGAUAAAGUUGCAAAGGUAAAAACUGAAGAUUUGGUUCCAGCUAAUCCAGAUAUCCUUGAUGGUGUGGAUGAUCUCAUGCAACUUAGUUACUUAAAUGAACCGUCAGUGUUGUACAAUCUUCAGUAUAGAUACAAUCAGGAUAUGAUCUAUACAAAAGCGGGACCAGUGUUGGUUGCUAUCAAUCCCUUUAAGAGAGUUUCUUUAUACGGGAAUGAAUACAUUGAAGCAUAUAAGCGUAAAACUGUUGAAAGUCCACAUGUGUAUGCCAUUGCAGACACAGCCAUCCGAGAAAUGGUUCGAGAUGAAGUAAACCAGUCUAUAAUUAUAAGUGGGGAAAGUGGAGCUGGAAAAACUGAAACAGCAAAGAUAGCAAUGCAAUAUUUGGCUGCACUUGGUGGUGGAAGUGGAAUAGAACAUGAAAUAUUGAAAACUAAUCCGAUAUUGGAAGCUUUUGGUAAUGCGAAAACGUUGAGAAAUGACAACUCAAGUCGCUUUGGAAAAUUGAUUGAAAUCCACUUUAGUGAAACUGGAAAAAUAUCUGGUGCCAAUAUUCAAACUUUUUUGCUUGAAAAGUCUAGGGUUGUCCAAUGCACUGAGGGAGAAAGGUCCUAUCAUAUAUUUUAUCAGCUUUGUGCUGGAGCUCCACCUGCUCUUAGAGAGAUGCUGAACUUGAAGAGUGCUGAUGAGUACAAAUAUCUGAAUCAAAGCAAUUGUUAUUCCAUUACCGGGGUUAAUGAUGCUGAAGAAUUCUGUGUGGUGAAGGAAGCUCUAGAUGUUGUCCAUAUAAACAAAGAAGACCAACAAAGUGUAUUUGCAAUGCUUGCGGCAGUUUUGUGGCUGGGAAACAUUUCAUUUAUUGUGAUUGAUAAUGAAAAUCAUGUUGAAGCUGUAGAAGAUGAAGGUCUGUUCAAUGUUGCUAAAUUGAUUGGAUGUGGCAUGGAUGAGCUUAAGCUUGCUUUAUCAACUCGAAAAAUGAGAGUUGGUAAUGACAAUAUUGUCCAAAAGUUAACACUAACGCAGGCCAUCGACACAAGAGAUGCUUUGGCAAAGUCAAUUUAUGCAUGUCUCUUUGAGUGGCUGGUUGAACAAAUUAACAAAUCACUUGCAGUAGGAAAACGGCGUACUGGCAGAUCUAUCAGCAUUCUUGAUAUCUAUGGUUUUGAAUCAUUUGAUAGAAAUAGUUUUGAACAGUUCUGCAUUAAUUAUGCAAAUGAGAGAUUGCAACAACACUUCAAUCGUCACUUAUUCAAACUAGAGCAGGAGGAAUAUAUCCAGGACGGAAUUGAUUGGACAAAAGUUGAAUUUGAAGACAACCAAGAUUGCCUUAGUCUUUUUGAAAAGAGACCUUUGGGAUUACUGUCCCUGUUAGAUGAGGAGUCCACUUUCCCAAAUGGUACUGAUUUGACCUUCGCCAACAAGCUUAAGCAGCAUCUGAGUGCUAAUUCUUGUUUCAGAGGAGAACGGGACAAAGCGUUUGCUGUCAGUCAUUAUGCAGGAGAGGUUACGUAUGACACAACAGGAUUUUUGGAGAAGAACAGGGACUUGCUACAUUUGGAUUCAAUUCAGCUUCUUUCCUCAUGCUCAUGCCACCUUCCUCAGAUAUUUGCAUCUAGUAUGCUUAAUCGACCUGAGAAGCCUUUAGUUGGUCCCCUGUAUAAAUUAGGUGGUGGAGUAGACUCCCAGAAGAUGAGUGUUGCAACAAAAUUUAAGGGUCAAUUGUUCCUAUUGAUGAAACGUCUAGAGAAUACCACUCCACAUUUCAUACGUUGUAUCAAGCCCAACAAUCUUCAAUCCCCUGGAUUAUAUGAGCAAGGACUUGUACUGCAGCAGCUGAGAUGUUGUGGAGUCCUAGAAGUGGUUCGAAUAUCAAGAUCUGGCUUUCCCACCAGAAUGUCACACCAGAAGUUUGCGAGAAGAUAUGGUUUUCUUCUGCUGGAGAAUGUUGCAUCACAGGAUCCACUAAGUGUUUCAGUUGCUAUCCUUCAUCAGUUCAAUAUAUUACCAGAGAUGUAUCAAGUGGGCUGUACAAAAUUGUUUUUCCGAACUGGACAGAUUGGGGUGCUUGAGGACACUAGAAACCGUACCCUCCAUGGUAUUUUACGAGUUCAAAGCUGCUUUAGAGGACACCAAGAUCGCUGUUACCUGAAGGAGCUGAGAAGAGGAAUCACCACUCUUCAGUCAUUUGUAAGGGGAGAGAAAACCAGAAAGGAGUACACAAUCUUACUGCAGAGGCAUAGAUCUGCUGUAAUCAUACAAAAGCAGAUGAAAAGCAGGAUUGAAAGAAGGAAAUUCAAGAACAUUUAUGAUGCAUCAGUCGUGAUACAAUCAGUUUUUCGUGGCUGGUCGGUCAGAAGAUGCUCAGGAGGUAUAGGAUUAUUGAAACCUGGGAGCACACAGUUAGAGAGUCUCAAACAGGCUAACGAGGUAGACGAGGUGUUGGUAAAGUCGUCUUUCCUUGCUGAACUACAGCGCCGUGUUCUUAAGGCUGAAGCUGCCCUGAGAGAGAAGGAAGAGGAGAAUGACAUCCUCCACCAGCGUCUGCAACAGUAUGAAAGCCGCUGGUCCGAGUAUGAAUUGAAAAUGAAAUCCAUGGAAGAAGUGUGGCAGAAACAAAUGAGAUCCCUGCAAUCCAGCCUCUCAAUUGCCAAGAAGAGCCUAGCCGUUGAUGAUUCUGAGAGGAAUUCUGAUGCAUCGGUCAAUGCAAGUGAUGAUCAUGACUACAGUUGGGAUACAGGAAGUAACCAUAGAAGGCAAGACAGCAAUGGAGUGAGGCCAAUGAGUGCAGGUUUGAGUGUUAUAAGCCGGUUGACUGAAGAAUUUGACCAGAGGAGUCAAGUAUUUGGUGACGAUGCCAAGUUCUUGGUAGAGGUAAAAUCUGGUCAAGUUGAAGCAAGUCUGAACCCAGACCGAGAGCUUAGAAGGCUGAAGCAGAUGUUUGAGGCUUGGAAGAAGGAUUAUGGGGCAAGAUUAAGGGAGACAAAGUUGAUUUUGCAUAAGAUUGGAAAUGAAGAGGGUACUGUUGACAGGGUGAAAAAGAAAUGGUGGGGAAGGAGGAACAGCUCGAGGAUAAAUUAA